AUAACAUUAUCCAUGCUUUUAGAUUUUCAUACAAAUUCGUCAGCUUUGGAUCACAAGAAUAGGCCGGUUUCAUGUUGCUUGGGAAAGCUAACAAUCUGGACGAGUUCCUUUGCUUGAGCUUGAAUUUUCCCCACUACUGUAUUUAUAUGAAAAAGUUGGAUACUUUGGAUUAUUAAUAUCUUCGACUGUUUACAAGCCGGUCAUGUGUAGACAUAAUAACAGUUUCAUUACAUGAGGCAUAAAAAAUGUCAAGAUACUUAUAAUUAAUUACGUUAAUUAAUGCAAAUUAUCUUGAUAUUUUGAUCAUUCGUUACUUAAAAAAAGAGUUUCUUCUAAGAAUCUAAAUGAUUAAUGCUAAGUAUAAAUUCCGAAUAAACAAGUCUCGCAUAGACCCUUUGUAAAGAAGUGGGUUUCAAUGAUUUCUUUUUUACACUUUUUUAAAGCGAGGUUCAUUUUUUUACAAAAAUUGAUACGAAACUUAUCUAUACGAGGCUUGGACAAAUUAUUACGCAUAUUAAACCGACAUAAAAUAAAUGAAUAAAUAAGAAAAUCACUAGGUAUUAUUAUCUACGCCGUUUCUGCAGCAUAAAGCUAAUUCGAGCUCUUGCUUAUGUAAAAGGAAAGUUAAAGAUUCAUUCUUAGGAUUAGGAAUCGUUUUUGUAUUUCCAAAUCAGACAUUCACAAAAAAGCUGACCGAAAAGAAUGGGUAGUUGCUUCUAACUGAAACAAUGGAUUUUCGUACCCACAAAAGCCAAACAUUACAUGGUCUUCAAGCAACCAAUCACAAUACCAACAACAGUUCCACUGCCUGAGAAAAAGGAAUUUAGUUAGACUGGUUUGGGAGGAAGAGAGAGAGCUUGCUUUGAUGGAGGAAGUGGUGAUUGAAAAUCUUUUCAAUGGUGAGAGACAAGUGCAGGUUGAAGCUGCUAGAGACCUCAGCAAACUUAGUAGUAAGCAGAGGCAAAAGCUGGCUGAAAGAGGUGUAAUAGAGCCAUUGAUUUUGAUGCUUCAGUCACAAGACUACGACGCCAUUGAAGCUGCACUCUUUGCUCUGCUCAGUUUGGCCUUUGGCAGUGAACGAAACAAGAUCCGGAUCAGGAAGUCUGGCGCCAUACCUGUCUUGUUAAGUCUCCUUCAAUGCCAAAGCGAGGCAUUGAUUGAGCUCACAGUUGCGGCUUUGCUGAUCCUCUCUUCUUGCACAGCAAACAAGCUGGCAAUCGCGUCUCAUGGAGCCAUCCAACACUUGGUGGAAUUUCUCAAUGGGGAUUAUGCCGGUGAUCAUAACAAUAUGAAUAGCAGCAUUAGCAUGAGAGCCAAGCUCGAUGUAAUAGCCACACUCCACAAUCUCUCAACUUGUCAUCAGAUCAUUCCAUUAAUUGUCUCCUCGGGUGUACCCUUUUCCUUGCUUCAGCAAAUCCACAACUCUGAAAAAUCAUCCGAAUUGGUUGAAAAGAUAAUGGGUCUGCUUGAAAAUGUUGUUUCCUUGUCAGAGACUGCACUUUGUGAAACUGCUAGCUCAGGCGGUUCGAUUCGAGCAUUAGUCGAGAUUGUUGAGGAUGGUUCUCCACAAUGCAAAGAACACGCAGUGGGAAUCCUCCUCCUCAUUUGCCAGAGCUGCAGAGAAAGGUACAGAGGAUUGAUUCUAAGGGAAGGAGUGAUGCCAGGGCUGCUUCAGUUGAGUGUAGAUGGGACAUGGAGGGCUAAAAACGCAGCUAGAGAAUUGCUAUUGCUUUUGAGGGAUUGCUCAAGUUAUGGUUCAAGUAGUGAGCAACCAAAACAUGAGCUUAUAGAGCAGAUUAUGCAAGAAAUUGAUGCAGGGGAGAACGUCGAGGGGACGACACUGAGGCUGGUGGAGGAGAUGAUUGCGAAGCUUAGUACAUGACAUGCCAUUAUUUCCUGCAAUAUUGCAGUCUUUGUCUAGGAAUAGGCUUUGGAAAGGUUUUAUGUAUGUGUGUGUAUACAGGAUUGGUUUCGGAUUCUUCUGGUAAUUUUGGAGUCUCAUCUUUAUUUUGAUGAUUAGAUGUCUGAUCUUUGACGUUGCUGAAAGCGACAAACAAAAAAGACAAUAAAGAGGAAACUGCAUUUUGGAUUGA